AUGAAUCCAUUAACAAAUGUUAAAAAUAUAAAAAAACUAGCAGAUCAAGAAUUAUCAAAUAAUUCAAAAUCAUCUUGGCACGAUCAGUAUCGUGACAGUGCUUGGAUAUUUGUUGGUGGUUUACCAUAUGAUUUAACAGAAGGUGAUGUUAUAACAAUAUUUUCACAAUUUGGUGAACCAGUUAAUAUUAAUUUAGUUAGAGAUAAAGAUACUGGUAAAACAAAAGGUUAUGGUUUUAUAUGUUAUGAAGAUCAAAGAAGUACAGUAUUAGCUGUUGAUAAUUUAAAUGGUGCAAAAGUACUUGGAAGAACAAUUAGAGUUGAUCAUGUAUCAGAAUAUAAAGCACCAAAAGAUUCAAAAAAAGUUGAUCCAAUUACACAAAAAUUAAGAAUGGAAGGUUGUGCUCCAACAAAACAACAACAAUAA